GAGCAAAUGUAGACGUAUCCAUAGAUAGUUGCUGUCUCUUUCUCCCUUUGUCUUUUCACACCUUUUAAAUUUGACAAUUCACAGGCACUGUUAUAUCAUUACUCCCUUAUCUUCUUAAAAGACGAUUCUCUAAUCUCUAAGACUUUGUCUACACUAUGCGGUGGAUUGAAGCUACUAUGAUCAAUCUACUAGCCAUCUAUUUAUUGCAUGUUUAGAUACAAUAAAUUGAUCUCCAAGCACACGCUCAUCGAUGCUGGUACUCCACCAAGAUGAGAAGAGUAGUCAACAGGAGAGCAGUUCAUCACAUGCAAGACGCCACACUGCUAUGGCUAUUGUUGAACCAUAUCUUCGUCAGAAUAGGGUGGAAUGGCUGCGCUGAAUGGAGAAUGAGGCCCAUAAUCUGAGACCCCAGAUAUAAGUAAGAUGGCAAAUAACCCUUGUACCAGGUAACAUUCCAUGCAUGCUCUGCAUGUCAGCUGGAGUCGGUCUCUUACAGUGAAUCUGGAAAGAAGAACAAAGAAACCUUAUCAAAGCUAUGGCAGCACCAAAGAAAGUGCUGCUAUCCUCCCCUCCCGAUGGAGGCUGGGGAUGGAUGAUUGUUGUUGGCUGCUUCCUCGUUACUAUCUGCACUAGGGCUGUAACAAGAUGCAUCUCAAUUUUCUUUGUGGAGUUCCAGACAUACUUUGCUCAGGAUUACGCCCGAACAGCUUGGAUCCAUUCCAUUGCCGACUGUGCCACAAUGCUGUGUGCCCCACUGGGAAGUUUUAUCAGUAACCAUGUAUCGUGUCAAGUGGGCAUCAUGCUUGGAGGACUUCUUGCAUCUGCCGGACUGAUCCUGAGCUCAUUUGCCACAAGCCUGGGACACCUCUACUUUUCAUUAGGCGUGCUUACAGGAGUUGGAUUUGCACUUUGUUAUUCUCCGGCCAUAGCAAUGGUGGGCAAAUAUUUCAACAAAAGAAAAGCCCUGGCAUAUGGGAUAGCCAUGUCAGGGAGCGGAAUCGGCACCUUCAUUCUGGCCCCUGUGGUCCAACUCUUGAUUGAACAGUUUUCCUGGCGUGGAGCUUUACUCAUCCUGGGCGGUUUUGUUUUAAAUCUCUGUGUCUGUGGUGCCCUGAUGAGGCCUAUUGCUCUUCAGGAGGACCAUAAAAACCCUCCUGAGUUUCUUGAACAGGAAUAUGUCUCAGAAGCACAGAAGCAAGACUUAAAGCAAUUUUCCAUCUGUUCACCUUUAAUCAGAGCAUGGUCCCAUGAACGUCUGUGUCGUUGUUCCUGGCAAGAAUACAACUUCUUACUGAUGCCAAACUUCCUGGUGCUAGCAGUGUCUGUUUUAUUUAUGGCAUAUGGCUGUAGCCCUCUUUUUGUCUACCUAGUGCCUUAUGCUUUGAGUGUGGGGGUGAGUCAUCAGCAGGCUGCCUUCCUUAUGUCCAUACUUGGUGUCAUCGAUAUUAUUGGUAAUAUCACCUUUGGAUGGUUGACAGACAGAAGGUGUCUGAAGAAGUACCGCCAUGUUUGCUACCUCUUUGCUGUGGGAAUGGAUGGCCUCUGUUGUCUCUUCCUUCCCGUUCUCCAAAGUUUCCCUUUGCUUGUGCCAUUCUCAUUUACUUUUGGGUAUUUUGAUGGAGCCUAUGUUACACUGAUCCCCGUCGUGACAGCAGAUGUAGUGGGAACUGCUUCCUUAUCAUCAGCUCUAGGUGUAGUGUAUUUUCUUCAUGCAGUCCCUUACCUAGUGAGUCCACCUAUUGCAGGUUGGCUGGUAGAUACAACUGGCAGCUACACGGCAUCUUUCAUUCUGUGUGGAUUUUCUAUGAUAUUCAGUUCAACAUUACUGUGCUUUGCCAGGAUAGCAAAGAAAAUCAAAAAGACACAUUUGAGGUCACUUACCAGAAAUACUGACACAAAACAGCAGAUUUGGACAAAUGGAGCAAUAGCUUAUUCUGUGUCUGGAGAAUUAGACCAUCAGGAUGUAGAAAUAUUGCCCACUGAGGCAAAUAGCUACAGCAACAGAUGACAAGUGCCACCCUGCUUUGGUCUACAGCACAGCCAUGCCUAACAGAGAUGUGACUGCACAUGCUACACUCGUGAAGAUAUAUUUUCCCAGUGCAAAGAAAAAAACAAGGCAUCUUUCAACUAGAUUUUUCUCUAUUUUUGUAGGUUAAAAACCAGUUGAUACAACUAUAAAGCAAAGUUAGAUACAAAUGAGGAGAGUUCUGUUAAGAUGUAUGCAGAAUGUUUUCUGAGUCAGUAAUGCUGGCUCCUGAGAUAAUAGGAUGAAUGUACUGAGGUAAUUGAUCAUGACCAGAAGUAAUUUACAUGACUGUCAAAGUACAACUGAACAACAGAACUUAGACUGAAACUGUUUUAAAAACAGGGCUCAUGCAGUGCUGCAUUCUGUUUUGUUUAUCAGUGGACUGACCAGCAAAAAGAAGUUCUAAGCGUAUUGGUCUUUGCCAAAUGUUUGACAAUUGUUGUUACAGAUGCCAAUGUAAUUGUUAGGGAAUUCUGCUGGACAGUUGUGUUUUAGACCAUCUAGAACAUUAUUUUAAAGUAUCUCUGAAGCAACUUUAAUUUUACAGCGUGGCUAAAUUUUGCACAUAACUAGGGUUGCCAGAUGGCUUAACCAAAAAUGCCAAACAGGCCUUCUCCCCUACCCCCGCCC